AUGGAACAUCAGCUUUUUCACCAGCCAUCAACCACGCCCGUGAUUGUAUGUAAGCUAUGUGAAUAUGGUGUUCGACCAAAAGAGGUUUCUCGCCACCUCCAAUCUGCUAAUCAUCGGAUGCCGAAGCCGAAAGCGCGCCAAAUUGCCGAGGCAGUUCAACAAUGGGAGCGUACGGCAGAAUGUGAUGAAUGGCAGCCACCCUUAGUGGUGAAUCAGCCCGUUGCUAAUUUGCCUGUUUAUUCAGAUGGCAUUUUAUGCGAGCAAGGCCCGAUGUGCCAGUUCGUUGCCCGGUCAAUUAGCACUAUGCGUGUUCACUGGCGUGAUCAUCAUAGCUGGGUAGCUCCUACAAACCGGGGCGGUCGUCGGCGGCAGCAUACUUCAUCAGCUGCGGAGCAACAAAUCCAACAAUUCACUCGAAUCGUCCGAUGCCAACGUGCGUUUAAUCACGGGCUAGGGUCCCAUUACAUCCGCGUUCAAACCCUCGGAGCCGAGGCCAUUCCCGAGGCCGAUUCGCUAGCAAUAUCUGAUCAUAAUAGUCAGGUGAUUGAUCAGAUGGAAAGAGCAUAUGCCGAAAGAGAAGAGCUCCCCCAGGUGAUCGUGGCCAGCCAGCGAGACGAGACGAAUCCAUGGCUUCGGAGGACCCAGUGGGCCGUCUAUCUCCAGGGGAUCAACCCGCACGACCUAGUGGACUGUGUCCGAGCCCCCGAUCCCGAAGCGCCCGAUCAGACCGAGCAGGCCGCCUAUACAAUUUGGAAUUCAAUGGCCACUGUAGCUCGCAUCAGCCAGUUGAUCUGCACCAAAACGAGCCACACCAUUCGGUGCGAGGCUGUUCGGACUGAGCGGGAUCGCCUGCCACAUCAACCACUACAAGCAUAUAUGGAUGGUGAUAAUGUUAAGCGACACACGAUCCCGUGGCAGCAGAUUCUCAUGUUUUUCACGCGCACGCAGGCCCCACAUGAUUGGGCUAGCCCCCACUACAGGUUUUCCAAACGCCAGCGAGCGACAUGGGCCACAUUAUGGAGACUAGCCCAGGCAGAGCUUAGUGCCUCACCCAUCGUAGGCCAGGGCAGAGCAGGCCAUUCCAACGCCGGCCAGGGCAGGGCAGGCCAUUCCAACACAGGCCUUUCCAACACAGGCCAUCCCAACACAGGCCAGGGCAGGGCAGGCCUUUCCAACACAGGCCAGGGCAUGGCAGGCCAUUCCAACGCCGGCCAGGGCAGUGAAGAUCUAGACCAGGGCAGUGAAGACCUGAGCAGUUCGGACCAAAGCAGUGUGCAAUCAGGAAGUGAUUCCGAGGAACAACAGGACCAAGUCACUAGCGAAUCACCCUUUCAGCUCACACCCCUCGACUCCGCCUGUCUGGAUUUUUGCAUUGAGCUAUUGAACCACCGAACUAAGGUCGAGGACUAUGAGAGCGCGCUCAUCUGCGCUAGCGCGGUGCUUGGACGUGGAGAGGCAGGCUGGGGCACUGCCCAGAGCUAUCCCCCAAUCUUGUCAAAAGUGAUUAAGAUUGCCCGGUUUAUGGUGGUCCACAAAGCAUUAAAGCUAGACCCAACGGCCGAGAAGAUGAUCCACCAACUAGCUACGCAUCAGAUGGCUGGCGAAUGGGAUACGGAAAGUCCGUUAGAUUCACCUGAUUUCACAUUUUUAACGCAAACAACGGACGAUUCGUUUUACAACUUUGAUAGUGGCCUAGAUCAGGGCACACCUCCGUCAUCGCACUUUAUUCAGUUCAGCCAGGGCCACACACAGGGCCACACACAGGGCCACAGCCAACGAUCAUUCCGGGAGUGGGUGACCGAGAUGGUCAGCCAGUUUAUGGUCCGCGGCACUAACAGUCCAAUGCAGUGGCUGUUAGAUCUCCGCACCUACGGCUUGAAGAUCCAUUAUAACAGCACCGCCACAGGCCAUGUUGGCUGGAUGAACCAGGACCAGCUGUUAUAUCAACAGUACAGUUUCACUAUGGGUGACUUCCGCGGCUUUACCCACGGCCUCGUAAGCUCCACACUCCAGAUACUACACGAAGAGCUCCUGUUUAGUCAGGCUAGCUCAGUUCCCACGAUCCCGUGGCAGGCUAUCUAUGAUGAUCCCACCGAGACCGCGCACGGGUGGAGCUUUCUAAAAGACACUCGCACGGUAUGGCCUGUGGCCGGUAGCGAAUGGAUGGUGAAUCGGGUCCGAAACGAGAGACCACUCCAGCAUCGUUUCAUCGAGUCUAGUGCCGGCCGGCUCCGAAUGUCGAAUGUGCACAGUUAUCUCCAACGGGUAGCCCAUUUCCGCGAGAAGCUAGCCAUUGCUGUCCACGUCAGCGGAGGCCAGCCUGCACGGGCACCAGAGCUGUUAAGCAUUCGGCACUACAAUACUGACAGCGGAGGCCACCGGAAUGUCUUUGUCGAAGAUGGUCUGGUAGCGUUUGUUACGCAGUACCAUAAAGGGUUUUAUAGUACGAACGACGUGAAGGUUAUUCAUCGGUAUCUACCCCGGGAAGUCGGUGAGCUAGUGGUUUGGUAUCUAUGGCUAGUGCUGCCGUUUGUGGAGAGAUUGGAGGCGUACACACAGAAGGUGCGCGGGGAGGCAUCUGAUGCUGAGACGACCGGCCCCCGUCGACAGGCAUAUCUAUGGUCCCCUGACCCUGGCACCGGCCGACAGUGGUCUUCAGAGAGACUCAGAGAAGUUCUAAAGCGAGAAACCACCAUUGGUUUGAACGGGCACGCCAUCAAUCUCCAUGCAUACCGAGACAUCGCUAUUGGGAUCAGCCGACGAUUCAUGCGGCCAUCGAGCAUAUUCCCCAAUAAUGCCCAACAGGACAGCCGGGCCGAGGCAUCCCAAGAAGAUGACGAAGAUGGGAUCAAUGCCGAGCAAUGGAUGGGCCAUAUUGCCGAUCUCCAAGCAGCCCAUUCAUCCCAUGUGGCCGGGAUGAUCUAUGGCCGCGGGAUCACCGAGCAGCCCGGUACAACGGCCCACCGGCGAGAGAUGUUUCGGCUCAGCAGCACCGAUUGGCACCGCUUUCUAGGCUUUGUGUCCGCUGAUGACGGAGGGGCCGAGAGCGCAUUAGGGCUCGCGCAGCGUUCGCCAUGGCAAAAGGAAGCUGAGAUGAGCCGUACGGAGCGCCGGUGGCAGCUAGCCCAGGCCGCCAUCGAGCCUGAGAUGCAACGGAUGAUGGGUAACACCGGGCUACGGCUUCGAGGUGUGCAGGCACCGGCAUUAGCUGCCAUUCAACAGGGCCAGAGCCCAGUGGUGGCUGUGAUGCCCACCGGGGGCGGCAAGAGCCUGCUAUUCAUGCUACCCGCGUGGAUCAGCCCCCGAGGGGUAACGGUGGUCGUCGUGCCGUUAAUUGCACUACGGGGGGAUCUGGUCCACCGUUGCCGGCAGCUCGGCAUCGCAUGUGUGGAAUGGGAGAGCCGGCGGCCGGCCGAUCAGGCAUCCAUUGUACUGGUCACGCCCGAAUCGGCUAUUACGGAGGACUUUAUGACGUUCUUGAACAGGCAGCGGCUCGGCCAUCGGCUAGAUCGAAUUGUGAUUGAUGAAUGCCACGUUGUGCUAAAUGACCAAAGCCAAUUCCGGCCUGCCAUGGCCCAACUGGGCAGGUUGAUCGUGGCCCAGGCCCAGAUGAUAUAUCUAACGGCUACGUUACCCCCGGCAGCCGAGGACCAGCUAUUCCGGCGUUUACGGACUACCCGCGAGAAGGCCCAUAUGUUUCGAGCGCGGACCUAUCGGACUAAUGUUGCGUACCGGCUCUGGCAACCCAACGUGCCGAGUCGGUACCGAAACGGCUACGAUUGGAUCGAACGUCCCGAGAUCGUGAGAUUCAUUCAGGACCGUGUUCGGCGUGCCCGCUGCGCGGCUGGCCGAGUGGUCAUUUAUGGGCCCACUACUAAGAUCGUCGAGCACAUUGCCCAGAUCGUAGGCAGUGAAGCAUACCAUAGCCGAGUACUCGAUCGUCCGGGGGUGCUAGCCCGAUUUCAGGCUGAUCCCACCGGCGUGGUGGCCGCAACUAGUGCGCUAGGUAUGGGGGUUGAUAUCCCCAACAUCCGGUGUAUCAUUCACAUCGGGGUGCCGCGCAGUCUGCUAGACUACGCGCAAGAGAGUGGGCGAGCGGGCCGGGAUGGGGACCGCAGUGAGGCCAUUAUCAUUCAGCCCGAGGGGUUCCAGCGGCCAAUAUGGGACCAAAUCCAUGAGGACCCCAUCAAGGCUCAGGCGGAGCAGAGCCGGCUAGAUCGUUAUAUAUAUAACGGAGGGUGUCGACGGGUUAUUCUCGAUGAGUAUCUCGAUGGGCAUGAAAGGCAGUAUUGCGGGGAUUCUGAAGCUAUGGAACAACGUUGUGAUGGCUGUGAUCCGGAGUGGCUAGCUAACGAAGAAAAGCUUGAGAGUGAGGUGGCGAGUGAGCUGGCCGUUGAGGGGGGCAGUGGUGGGGGCAGUGAUGGGGGCAGUGAGAGAAACAGCCCAGCCCAUGGCCCAGCCCCAACAUAUAGGUCGGAGCCCAUGGAAGAUAUCCAGUACGGUUCAAUUGAGGCCAGCCACGAUGCCCAAGGACCGAGGCCAUCAUCGAGCGAUUCGGAGGCCAGUGGCCAGCGCAGUGAUAGCGAAUCGACUACGUUCCGAUCUCAAGUUCGAUCUACCAGUCCAAUGUAUCGGCGGAGUGUUGAACCAGGCAGGCACCACUUAGCCGCGCCAGAAUGGCCGGUGCAGUCAUCAGGGCAUUCAGGAUCAUCAUUACCCGCUCAGCUCAGCCAUUCAGCCCAGCUCAGCCAUUCACACCCAGCAGCCCAGCUAGGCCAUUCAGGCACAGCAGCCCAUUCAGGCCAUUCAGGCACAGCAGCCCAUUCAGGCCAUUCAGGCAAAGCAGCCCAUUCACGCCCAGCAGCCCAUUCAGGCACAGCAGCCCAUUCAGGCACAGCAGCCCAUUCAGCCCAGCUCAGCCAUUCAGCCCAGCCAGGCCAUUCAGCCCGGCAAGACCCGUUAUUACCCGCAAGUUCAGCUCCGUGCAUACCAACAGAGGCCGCCCAACGGUUUCAACGCCAGGACCGAGAGAGAGAGGCAGCCCGGGUUAGUUACCAGCAAGCCCGCCAAGAGAUCAGUGCCGGGCUCGAGUUUUUACAGCAACAGGCGCAGUUAUGGGUCGGACGAUGCUGGUUUUGUGCCCAACGCGGGCUUCAUGAGCAGCAUGACUUAUACGAGUGCGGGGCACAGGCACAGUCCGGCUACACAUCGGCAAAGAGUUGGUGGAUUCGUGUGCGGCGGCAGAUUAAAUAUGCGGUAUUCGCCGGGUGCUUUGGGUGCGGGAUGCCACAGGCGAUCUGCGAUCGAUAUAUUAGUGGCGGGCAGGGGCAGUGUAUGUACCGGGGGCUGUUAUUAUCGGGGGUGGCAAUGAUGGUGUACAGCGAGGGCAGUGAGACAAUUCAGGAGGCGUGGGCUCAGCGGCUACAAACACAGGGAGUGCAGAUGGAGAAUGAGGGUGAGCUUGUACGGUUUUUGGGAUCCCGGUUUGACGGAGAUACGGUGCAGCUCGUGCACGAAUAUAUAUGGCUUCGAAGGAGGUGGAUCGAGUAUGGCGAGAGGGUAUAG